AUGGCCACCCCCAGCGUUCUCACCUUUGACGCUGAGGGUCAGGCUGUUGACUUUGAGGUCUGGGUAGAUGAUCUGCAGCUUUUCCUACAAUGCGAUAGGGCAGACGGUCUCUCUGUGUUUGACCUCACCUCUGGUGCCUCUCCUGCCCCUACUGCUGAUGCUGCCGCCACUGUUCGCUCACACCGCCUCAUACUGCCGUACCUCUUCCCUGACCUCACCAUUUUUCCCACAGUCGCUGACCUCAUAACGCACCUUCGCACUAGUGACAUUCGCUACCGUGCUGCGCUUCCUGCUGAAUUCUGCGCCAAGAACCCCCCCCCUAUGUACAUCACCCUCUACUACAUAGUCACCCGGCUCCCUGACACCCUUCGCUCGGCCAGGGACCACUUCCUCUCUGUUUGCCCCACCACCCUCACCGUUGACCUCCUCGAGGAGCGCCUCCUAGCAGUAGAAAAUAGUAUAGUCGCUGUAGGAUCCUCUCGUGGUGACCCUCGUACCCCUGUCUUUGAGGGGUGCUCCCCCUCCCCCCUCUUGCCCUCUGUUGCCUCUGCUGCUGCGGCCGACCUCGUUGGUCUUGAGUCGGUCGGCGCGGCGUCUGCCCCUAGCGGGAGACGCCGCUUAGGCAAGGACAAGGGGGGCAAGGGCGCUGGAGGAGCUGGCGGGGGCAGUGGAGGCGGCGGUGGAGGCGACGGAGGGGGUGGGGGUGGCGGUGGGAGUGGUGGCGGGAGUGGGGGCACUAGUGGCGGCAGUGGAGGCGGAGGAGGCGGCGGUGGUGGCGGUGCGAGCAGAGGUGGUGGACGUGGAGGCGGUGGUGGAGGUAGCGGCGGCGGAGGUGGAGCUGGUCGGGGCGGCUCUUCGCAGAGGGUCGGCUCCGGUGGUGGUCAGCGCCAGCAGCAGCAGCGCACUCGUGAGACCCCUUCCCCCCAGCAGCUUCGUGAGUGGUACACUGCUCGUCAGCGGGGUGGGUAUGCUGGCCCCUGUACCUACGUUCUACGUACAGGCGACCGCACGGGUGAGCAGUGUGGUGGUGUGCACUCACCUCAGCGCUGCUACGGCCGCUUGACGGACGCUUGGCGUCAUCAGUUCCCCGACGCUACUGAGAUCCCUCGCUGGGGCGAGCUGUUUAGGGCGGGUGUUGCGAUCUUUGAUCUUGAUUAUGAUGCUCUAGCUGCAAUGUAUGCUAAGACCAUUAGUGAUGAGGGUACCGCGUCGGCUCCGGCCACCCACACCUUCACCCUUGACUCGGGUGCUUCCCGCUCCUUCUUUCGAGACCGCACCACGAUUACGCCGCUUAGUCAGCCAGUGGCAGUCUCCCUAGCAGACCCCUCUAGGGGUCCUGUCCUUGCCCACUUCUCCACCGUUCUACCUUGUCCGGCGGCCCCUUCUGGCACCCUGUCGGGUCAUUACCUCCCCUCGUUCUCUACGAACUUGGUGAGUGGUGCUGACCUCCAGGAUGGAGGGGUUCACCAGUUCACUCCUGCGAGUCAGCGAGUGACCCACGGUACCUGUGCUCGGACGAGCCGUCACUUGGCCACGUUUACCCGUCAGCCGGGGUCGAGCCUGUACACACUGACUACUGAGUCUCCUCCGGUCGCUCAGUCUGCUAAGGUAGCCGCGUCGGGUCAGGUGUUUGCUGCGGCGUUCAAGUCUGGUCCUGAGUCUGCCCCCUGCUCGUGUCGUCUCCUGUCUCACCAGACUCUCCUCUGGCACCACCGCCUUGGUCACCCCUCCUUGCCUCGUCUUCGAGGCAUGGCCUCCCGUGUCCUUGUCUGUGGUCUCCCCCGAUCCCUCCCUCCCCUUCCUCCGGGGCCUGCCCCCACCUGCGUUCCCUGCGUCGAGGGGCGGCAACUCGCUGCUCCUCACUCCUCCGAGUUUCCUCCGAAAGAGGCUCCGUUGCAGACGCUUGAGAUGGACGUGUGGGGCCCAGCCCGCGUCCGUGGACAGGGUCACGAGCGUUACUUCCUGCAGGUGGUUGAUGACUACUCGCGUUACACCGCAGUCUUCCCCUUGCGCAGCAAGGGUGAGAUCACUGAGGUGUUGAUCACCUGGAUCCGCGCAGCUCGUCUCCAGCUCAGAGAGAGUUUCGGCUCGGACUUUCCUGUUCUGCGUCUGCACUCUGACAAGAGGCGGAGAGUUCUCCUCUGA